UCUUCCCCCCCCCCAACUUUCAAUGCCAGAAAACACCCAUUGCCUAUGGGAAGCUGGCCAAUGCCCCCCCCAGCCACCUGCCUGAGGUCAGCAGCAGCGUCAUGCCAGCAGGUGCCCCCUUUCUCUGGGGGGGGCGGCCAGGACGCGGGCAGAGCCAGCCCAGCCCCCCCUCUCUCCUAGCCUCUCCUCCCCCAGCCUGCUGAUGUGAGCUCCGGCUUGUCCUUCCCUUUCUCCUUGUCCUCCUCCUCCUCCUCUUCCUCCCUGCGUGGUGUGUGUGUCCCCCCCCACCCCUUUCAAGCUUCAUGCCCCCCUGAAGAACAUGGAGGUGGUGGGAGAUUUUGAAUACAGCAAGAAAGACCUCAUCGGGCAUGGGGCUUUCGCCGUGGUCUUUAAGGGUCGGCACCGCAAGAAAACGGACUGGGAAGUGGCCAUAAAGAGCAUUAACAAAAAGAACUUGUCGAAGUCGCAGCUCCUCCUUGGGAAGGAGAUAAAAAUUUUGAAGGAACUGCAACAUGAAAACAUUGUGGCCCUGUAUGAUGUCCAGGAAAUGCCCAACUCUGUCUUUCUUGUAAUGGAGUAUUGCAAUGGUGGAGACCUAGCCGAUUAUUUGCAAGCCAAAGGGACGCUCAGCGAGGAUACCAUCCGGGUCUUCCUGCAGCAGAUCGCGGCUGCCAUGCGCGUUCUCCACGGCAAAGGCAUCAUCCACAGGGACCUGAAGCCGCAGAACAUCCUGCUGUCGUACGCCAGUCGCAGGAAGUCGAACGUCAGCGGCAUCCGCGUCAAGAUAGCUGACUUUGGGUUUGCCCGUUACCUCCAGAGCAACAUGAUGGCGGCUACUCUCUGCGGUUCCCCGAUGUAUAUGGCCCCAGAAGUGAUCAUGUCGCAGCAUUACGAUGCUAAAGCCGACCUGUGGAGUAUAGGCACCGUCAUCUACCAGUGUCUGGUUGGGAAGCCACCCUUUCAGGCGAAUAGUCCUCAGGAUCUGCGAAUGUUUUACGAGAAGAACAGAAACCUCAUCCCGAGCAUCCCCAGGGAAACCUCAGCCUACUUGUCCGAUUUGCUUCUGAACUUGCUUCAGAGAAACCAGAAAGACAGAAUGGACUUCGAAGCUUUCUUCAAUCACCCGUUCCUGGAUCAAGUUUCGACGGUCAAAAAAUCUUGUCCUGUACCUGUUCCGGCACCUGCUGGGUCGGUCUCUGGCGGAUCCUGUGGUAGCUCUCCCUCCUGCCGGUUUGCUUCUCCUCCAUCCCUUCCAGAUAUGCAACACAUCCAGGAAGACAACCUGUCUUCUCCUCCCUUGGGGCCUCCGAAUUACCUUCAGGUGUCCAAAGACUCUGCCAGCACCAGUAGCAAGAAUUCCUCCUGCGACACCGAUGACUUUGUCCUGGUUCCGCACAACAUCUCUUCCGACCAGUUGUAUGAUCUCCCCUUGGCAACCGUGGGCCGGAGAGCUUCGAGCGAGUUCCUCAUGUGCGGAGGGCAGUGCCAGCCUUCUGUCUCCCCCCGGAGCGAAACGGCGCCCAUCCCAGUCCCUACUCAGCUACGGAACUACCAGCUCAUAGAGCAGAACCUGACGUCGGCCACCAGCCCGGGGUCAAACCCUCACGGGUCACCAAGAUCUGGGGCAGUGCGACGGUCAAACACCAGUCCUUUGGGCUUCCUCAAGACCGGCUCCAGCUCCCCGGUGCCGGCUGACACUGUCCAGACCGUUGGCCGCAGACUGUCCACAGGCUCUUCGAGGCCAUAUUCCCCUUCGCCACUAGUUGGUACCAUACCUGAGCAACUUGGGCAUUGCUGUUGUGGUCAGCUGCAAGGGCAUGAAAUAAGGGGCCGAAGCUCUUCAGGUUCCUCAGCGACGCAGUCCCAGUCUCCCCAGUCCCUCCUGUUGACAGGAGCCCGACUGCAAAACACGCCCACCCUGACGGACAUUUACCAGAACAAGCAGAAGCUUCGGAAGCAGCACUCAGACCCCAUCUGCCCAUCCCACGCAGGCUGCAGCUAUGGCCAUUCGCCCCAGCCCACCCGGCCGGUCAGUCUGGGGACAUCCCCCACCAAACACAUGGGGUCAUCUCCACGGAGCUCGGACUGGCCGUUCAAAACUCCCCUGCCGACCAUCAUUGGCUCUCCCACCAAGGCGACGGCGCCCUUCAAAAUACCGAAGACCCAAGCCUCUUCCAACUUGGUGGGCCUGGUCAGUCGGCAGGCACCCUCGGACCUCUUGCUGCCUCAGCAGAAGGACCUGGGGGAGGCCAGAGAGCUCACACCUUUCCACGCCGCGCAGAGUGGUGAAAAGCAACACGGCAAGGCAGCCUUUGGCAGGAGAACAAACACAUCAGGGCAAAAUCCAGAGAUCCACCUGCAUCUGAAAGACAAAGUUGGCUCUAACAGCUCCGGAGGCUCCCUGUGUUCUACCAGUGGCCGGAUCCUGAUGGGCUCCCCACCCGGGAUUUAUAUGGGUUCCUCCCCUCCUGGAGCCGAGGCAGCCCCUUGUUUGAAGUACAUGCCUUACGGCGCCUCACCUCCCAGCUUUGAAGCUCCAGAACUGCCUGAAGAAACUUUGAUGGAGAGGGAGCACACGGACACCCUGCGCCACUUGAACUUGAUGCUGGCGUUCACGGAGUGCGUGCUGGACCUGACAGCCGUCCGGAGCGGCAACCCGGAGCUCUGCAACUCCGCCGUCUCCCUCUACCAGAUCCAGGAGAGCGUUGUGGUGGAUCAAAUCAGCCAGCUAAGCAAAGACUGGGGGCAAGUGGAACAGCUGGUCCUGUACAUGAAGGCGGCCCAGCUCCUGGCUUCAUCCUUACACCUGGCCAAAGCACAGAUCAAAUCGGCCAAGCUGAAUCUCUCGACUGCGGUGAAACAAGUUGUCAAAAACCUGAACGAGAGGUACAAAUUCUGCAUCGCCAUGUGCAAGAAGCUGACCGAAAAGCUGAACCAGUUUUUCUCAGAUAAGCAGCGCUUCGUCGAUGAAAUUAACAGCGUCACGGCCGAAAAGCUCAUCUACAGUUGCGCGGUGGAAAUGGUCCAGUAUUAUUUUCCUUCGCUUUGUUUUUCAGAUAAAGCUAGUAUCGAACGGAGACUCUCAGCUCUGUGUUGCAACGCCGUCGCCGUCUAUGAAUAGACUUCCCCCUGUUCUACUCCCCGGAGGACCACUCAGCGUAGCCAAAAUCUGGGCAUUUCCCAUCCCAAAGGAAAGCUGGCUUCUAUCAAAGGAAGAAGAAGAAGAAGAAAAACAGUUUGUGAAACGGGAGGUGGAAAAAAAUGCAAAUAAUGUCGGGGAGAAAAAAAAAAUGUCCUUAGACAAACCAUCUUUUGUUUCACAGCCAGGCGGGAAAGACUCUUGGUAUAAAUUUCCACCGCUAUUUGGAUCUUAGCAAGCAACGAUUCGCCAUCUUCGUAGAUUACGAGAGCGCGGAGUGCCUCCUUCUCUGGAGAGAUGACACGCACGCGCCCCAAAUUUUGGUUCCCGCUUCGGGAAACGGACGGGAUGUUUGCCUUGCGGAACAAAACCCGAACGAAGGCGGCGACGUCGUUCGCUCUGGACUUCCGUCCCGCGAAGCUUUUCAGCCGGGCGUUGGCGUGGCGAAGUCUCUUCCAACCAUCAGGAUAAAUUUUGCAAAAAAAAAUAAAUUAACUCGAGAAGGCAAAACGACAGACCUUUUUAGCAGGUCGAUCGUAGACGUACGAGCUUAAUGUUCUUCCCGAUCCCUCUCGCCCGGAUACUUUAUAUUGCACUAAUUUACUAAAACUGUGUAUACAGAAAAGGCACAACUUAUCCAUUCUUCCUGGCCGGGCAGAGAAGGGGGAACGAUAAUUCAUUAUUGACUCUUGUUGGGGUGCAGGAGAGACACCCCCACCCCCCAAAAAAAAUAAUCAUUGCAAAAAAAAAAAUACCCCCUCGAACUUCAAACCUCUGCAGCUUCUUAGGAGACGUUUCAAAGUUGUGUCGAUGUGUGUCGUCAGGUGAAUUCUUUGGUUUUGACAGCCCUUUUUUUAAUCUUAAUACUUGAGUAAUACUCUAGAGCGGCAUUUUUCUCAACCUCAAACUUUUGAAGAGAUGCGGAUUUCCAACUCUCCAGAAUUCCCCUAUUUAUCCGGCUGGGGAAUUCUGGGAGCUGGAAGUCUACACACACACGUCUUGGCAUUGGUCAGAUUUGAGAGAGAGAAAAAAACUGACUUUCGGUAACAUUCUGGCUUGGGUUUCCCGCCCUCUCCUAUAUCCUGGCUUGUUUGGUUGCUUAAUUCUUCUGUUGCAUGCCAAGUUGUGUCUCUCCCUGAGGAAAAAGAAAGAAAGAAAAAAGACACAACUGCCACCUGGAUGGAACAGGGUGCUUCUGUAGCAGAGGCGUUUCUUAAAUAUAUAUAUAUAUAUAUAGCAUUAAGAAUUAAUUAUAAUCAGGUUUAUCUGGAGCAGCUUUUGAGGGCGUCUGUCCUGUUGUCCGCCUCCACCCCCUCUGCUCGACUCAAAAAAAAUGUUAUUUUACAAACGGAAUUUUUGUAGUUGGUCCUCUUUUAACUUUUAGAGGCUUUCUUACUGCCUAUCACUUGAAAAAGAGGAGCCGGGGUGGGUGGGGGGAAUAAGCUUGUUUAUAAUGGAAUCAUUUCAAUCCCUUCUUUUUUUUUCUUUAAAAGAACAGUCAAAACCUCCUUGGAUGGAAGUUGAUUGGCAUUUAAGAACCGUCGGAUUUUAUGGAGGGUGAAGAACAUGAGUUUCGUGCAGUUUUUUUUUUUUUCCUUCUCUCCUUUUCCCCGUCUUUUAAUUUUGUUUUCCUUUGACAAAAGUAAUGUACUUUUUCCUUUUAUUUAUCAGUACAGACAAUUUCGGAAGUUCAUUUGAAAGUGUGCUCUCUCUCUCUCUCUCCUUCUUUUAAUUUAUACAACGUUUGUAUUUUUAAAUCUUUAAUACGGUGUUUCUACGACUACCUCUCCUUUGUAACUGCAUGCGUUUAAUUCUCGACCCGUUAGUGUACUAACUGAAGAGGG